UGCAGAUGGGGGAAAACAGACAGGGGCCAGUAGAGCUCCUGCAGAGAGAGACUGGAACCGAAAAAAAGAAAAAAACGUGACUCGGCAGCGUAAGAGCUGUUAUGCAACCGCUGACCUACUAACACAUAUCUGCAGCAGGGGAGAAACUGGAGCAAAGUGUCCGGCCGGCAGCGCAGGCAGCCACAGCCAAAAAGGAGCAGAGGAGCAUCCAUCCAACCAGGAGAACCAGUGACUCACACCACAGAGGCACGCGCUCAAACUUAGUUUAUUUCACACCUCCUCUCUCCCGUCCUCCUGCUGGAGCUUUCCUCGCCUAAAAGGACAAUACGGGAAGGAGGAAGCGGGAGCGAGACAGCUUUUGUGUCGGGGGAAGCCUGAAGGUUUUUUUUCCUCCUGCUGCUGCUCCUUCUCCGGGACACGGAAAGUAACCCGGUUAAAGGCCAAUGCCUCAAAGAGCCCUGGAGAAGACGUAUUGACCUACAUCCUGCAUAAGACUCAGCAAGAAUCCAAGAGGUAUCCAGAAAGGCUCUACUUCUCUGAUGAAGAUUGACUCAAAAGUUUGAAGAAUCAGCUUGAAAAUCCCUCUACUCAACUUUCAACCUUUUUUCCUGUUAUUUAUUUUUGUAUUUUUCAGUACACUACUUCAAUGUCUGAAGUUUUUGUAGAGUUUCACCUCUUUUUAAUAUUUUUGGCUAAUUUAGACACUUGAAAGUCUUGACCUUUGGGAGGAUAAGAAAGAGAAAUCAAUGAGGCAGUCAUUUCAACAAGCACAAAUACCUCAUCCAGAAUUUUUCGCAGAUCCAGCCACAUAGGUUAAAAACCAUACCAACAAAGUAGAAGGCUCAAAUAGCUUAAGGAUCUGAAGUCCCCCUUUGCCCUUUAUUGGGUCAUACUGUGGCCCCCAGUUGGGAAAACAUGGAAAGUCUCACUCUACAUAUCACGACCAACACUAACAAAAGCACUAUGGAAGUCGAGGCAUUUUCGCCCUACAAUGGCAGUCUACCUUCCCCUGAUCCUGAUGGCUCAUCGCGGGUCAGCCGCCAGCCCAAAGGCUCUAAACCAACCAUGACCUCACGUCGCAAGCGAGAGUUCAUUUCUGAUGAGAAAAAAGAUGCCUCGUAUUGGGAAAAGCGGAGGAAGAACAAUGAGGCGGCCAAGCGUUCAAGGGAGAAGCGUCGCCUCAACGAUAUGGUGCUGGAAAACCGCGUCAUGGCGCUUAAUGAGGAAAAUGUUCGUCUGAAGACUGAACUCCUUCAGCUCAAACUGCGCUUUGGUCUCAUCAGUGCAUCAUCCUACAUGGAGAAAAGUCAGCAGAUCUCCACCAGUGCCGCCGAUGGAAACCCAGGUAGCAACGGGAGCAGCACCAACUGCACCCCUAACAGUAAUGCCUACCACUCGAGCAGCGGGUAUUCUAGUGCGUCCCAGGUAAUGCUGAAUUCUGACUCAUCUGAAGCUGAACAGUGCAGUCGGAGUGAACGUCACAGCAUGCUCCACAAGUACUCCCCUCUGGGCUCUGUGUCUGAUAUGUCUGAUGGAUCCUCCAGAGAUAGCCCUGACCCAAUCGGCUACAACAUAAAAAAGGAGCCUUUAGGCAUGGAGGUGGUUGGAAUGGAAAAUGACAUGAUACCCAACGGAAUGACCAAUGGGAUCCCAAAUGGAGCUUACUGUGGUAACACCACUUUGGUUACCCCUCACCAGCAAAACACCACAGUAGCAGACAUUGCCAGAGACUACCAGCAUCAUCAACAGGAACAACAACAAUGCCACAUGGAGACAACCAGUCCCCCUCCUCAGGCCACCUCUGCCCAGAGGAGCGUCAUCUUGUACCGUUCCAGCAGUGGCUGUUACCCCAUGGAGAACCAGAAGGUUGAGGACCAGCAGUCCCAUCAGAGCAGACCAUCGCAGCACAUCCAGCACAGCUUACCCUCAGAGUACUCUGACUGCUCAGUAACCAUCUCUGAGGUUGCCGAGAAGCUAGAGAGGACAAAGACAAUGGAUUCGCCUCAGUAUGAAUACAUUGAUGAUCACACAGAGUCCUCAGAGAAGUUCCAACAAAGGUACAACAAUCACAGUGCCCCACUGCCACAUGAUAACUUUCCCUCAUACAACUACGUGGCUCAGGAGAACAGUCUUCAGCACAAAGAGAGAGUUCAACAGAACUCCUUCGCCCCUGAGCUUAUUAGCAGUGAGGAGAGCAAGUCUUUCAUGCAGCAUAAUGGCUACCUCAGCACACUGGAUGAAGAGCCCCCUGUGCUCACCUAUGAAGGAGGUCCCAGACCUGAUGCUUUCUAUCAGGAGAUCUCCUCUGCUAAAGACACCUCAUCAAGUGACGGAGACCCUCGUAGCUCUGAUAAAGAGGGCUCCACUGAUGAUGAAUCCCCUUCAUCAUCUUCUUCAGACAUCAGCAGCUACCACCAGAAGGCAGAGGGAGCUGGUGGUUUGCACGGCGAAUACCAAGCCGAGGUCAAAGCCACUGCCCUUCCCCACAAGCUCCGCCUCAAGUACAGAGCCCUGUCCAAUGGGGCAGCAGGAGCUCAAGUGGAGGGACUGGUCAACAACUCCAUGUCCCCUUCCUCCACUCUCCCACAGCAUCCCUACUUAGCGCUGCCCAGCAGCCACUCCAGUGGUCAGGCCAACGGAGAGAGCAAAGAGACUGAGUAUGUGGAAGAAGUCAAGCCCGACGUAAACGACAGAGCAGAGACUAAAAACGACGGUGGCAAAAAGGGAUCUGGUGGUGGAAGAGGUGGACGGAACAAGAGGCGGGAUUAGGAACAAACCUGAGCAGCUUGUGUACAUCUUGGUUAUCUGCCGAAAAUGGACAGCCAGACCUCACACUGACACUUUGUGGGACAGAAAAACAAGGCAUUGAUCUGUGUGAGGUUUAUUUAGCACUGCGUGAAAACAUCAAUAUCAUGGGGAUGAUCCGACAUCCAUGGUCUAAAGGAACUUUGCCCUGAGUAUGGUGUGUUUCCAGCUGUGAAGGAGAAUUUCUCACAGCCAGAUAGUCAAGUUUCUUUCAGAUAUCACCAUCAAAUUCACUGUGUCACCUGUAGACCCUUCCUAUACUCUCUCCUACCUCCCAAUGAUCCCUCAAAAUUAAAAUAACAGAUAAAGGAGGGAUCGAUGAAACUCCAGUUGGACUUGGACAUUUCCUUUGAGGGAAAAUUCAAUUAUUCAUUUUUAUAAAUUGCCUUAUUGGCUGGUCAGUCUGUAUUGUGGCAUUAUGGGAGCAUUCCUUUUACCAAAGAUAUGCAUAUUUCCUUUACUUCCUUUCCCCUUUUAGCAGUUACCCCCCAACCUCCUCAUUUACCAUAUUUUAUCACCGUUAGCCUGGUCAACCAAACUGGAUUUCUAAAACCAUCAGCACACAAGUCCCCUUUACUCCCAAAGGCACUUAGAUUGUAUAUUACUGUGAAAUAAAUUUGCAGAUAUCAAAUAUAUAUUUUAAGAAAAAAAAUGUGGCAAAAACAAA